AUUUUGUUUCAAUGUCUUCAAAAUAUCUGCAACCUACACUCAUUUUAUUGCAUUUUAACGAUGUAAUAUCAUUGUAACGUGGUAUUCUGUCCGUAGCGUCAUCUCACUCCAACUUGAAAUAGAUCCUCUAACGGCCAUGAUUAUGUUUCUAGAGACAUUCACCACUAUCACUACCAGUCAGAUGGAUCAAACCUAUGAGCGUGCGGCAAAUGUGAUUGCCGCAAUAAAACCGUAUAUUCAUUAUGUUAUAUUACCUGUUGGCCUUUACGCUGCUAAUCGUUUCCUCUGUUCUCUAAUACCUGGGCCACAGCAUCGCCCGAAACUGGAUUUACGUGAUCGUGUUGUAUUAAUCACCGGAGCCAGUUCGGGUCUUGGCCGAGAAUUAGCGAUUUGUUUUUAUCGAAGAGGUGCUAAAGUAAUUUUAGCAGCACGAAGUAUUGAUAAACUGAAGGAACUCUGUGAAGAAUUGAAGUCAAUGUCAGAUAUCAUCAAUAGGAAUGAACCAGUUUACAAAUAUUUGGAUAUUAGUGAUCCAAAUAGUGUCAUGGAACUCAUCUCAUGUGCUAUCAGUCAGCGAAUCGACGUUCUUGUUAACAAUGCUGGUUUAAGUAUGCGUGGAAGUUGCAAAGAUACACCAAUGGAUGUACAUCGGCAGAUAAUGGAAGUAAAUUACUUUGGUCAUGUUGCGAUAACCAAAGCAUUGCUUGAUUAUAUUCCUGAAGAUGGAGCAAUUGUGUAUAUAAGCAGCAUACAAGGUCGCAUUGCUGUACCAUAUCGAAGUUCUUAUUCAGCUAGUAAGCACGCAGCCCAGGCUUUUUUCGAUUGCUUACGAACUGAAGAACGAUUUAAGACGCAGAUUCUUGUUGUAAAUGCGACUUACAUGAAUACAGGUUUUGGUCGUCAUGCGCUUACUACAGAAGGUAAACCAAUGAAUAAGGAUGACCCUAACCAAGCAAAGGGGCUCAUGCCGAGUUAUGCGGCUGAAUGCAUCACAAAUGCUCUCGUGAACCGAAACACAGAAUUGAUUCUUGCACCAUUAAGUCAUCGUUUUGCUAUUUUUCUCCGUUGGUUCUACCCCGCCCUUUUCUUUUAUGCUAUGUAUCGGAGAGGUCUUAAAGAUAAAAGCGUUAAAAACAAGUAA